GGUUAAGCCUCGGUAAGAUUCAGUAAAUCAGGUUCCACUCUCGCCUAGCACUUGCCCUAGCAUGUCCUUCACCGAAAGCCCUUUGACGUAAACAAUGACCACCAUCCAAUGACAUGUCACCGACCGGCCGGUUCGCAAGCGCCUCACCGUAUUGCCACGAGCUCAGAGCAUACUUCCUGUCUGUCUGUUUACGAGCCCAGUCCUCCCUCUGAGCCAUGGGCCGCUCGUCGUACCGCCAUGUGAUUCUCAGUGCAGUCGCUGUCUACACGUUCUUGGCCCUUGGCACUGAUAUCUUCGACCAGAAGGAACCCAAAAAAGAUGUCUUCAAAUUGGAGAAGUUGCCGAUGCGGCCCGGCGAGGAGAUCCAGAUGGUGGCCUACACGCAGCGGAAGGCGAGGGUGAAGGAGGUGUGCUCGCUGUGGGGCGCCUACAACACCAAGCCCAGGUUCCUGAAGUUCAUCCAGAAGGAGACGGGAGACAAGACCAAGGACGAGAUUCUGAAGGACAAGAUGGAUCUCUCGCAGGCGCAGCUCGAGAGGCUUUGGCAGCUGAAUAAGAGGACGACGUUUCACCAGAUGUUCGUGGACCGCGACCACAGCCUCACCUGGUGCAAAGUGCCCAAGGCCGCGAGCACCAGCUGGCUCCAUGCAUUCCUCGAGAUAGCAGGCGAGAAAGACGUAUCAUCAAAAGACAUGGCGGGAAAACACGCACUGCUCCGAGAGAGGUACCCCAUGCUGACGAAUUCCUUGCUGAAACGCAUUAUGCCCACUACCCUUAAAUUCAUGGUGGUGCGUCAUCCUUUCGAGAGAGCUCUUUCGGCCUAUCGGGACAAGCUUGAGGAUUAUGCACGGGACCUGAAAGACAGGGGAGGCUAUUAUUAUGCAAUCUACGGCAAGAAAAUAGUCAAGGCCUACCGCAAAGAAGGAACCAGUGGAGAGGACAGCAACCAGCACAGGGAACCAACUUUCCGAGAAUUCAUCCAGUACCUCCUCGAUACAGACGUUGAAGAAUACGACGAGCACUGGAGGCCCAUUUCCCUUCUGUGCACACCUUGCCAUAUUAAGUAUGAUGUCAUUGCAAAGAUGGAGACAUUGUCGAAGGAUGCAGACUUCAUCCUGUAUCAUCGUGGGCUGGCUGAUACAGUUCAUAUAGAAUGGUCACACAGGACAGACCAGCUCCAGAAGACGUCAGAUGUGGCAAAAACGUAUUUCUCACAGCUGACCUCCAGUGAAGUGAAACAGCUGUAUCAUAAAUACCUUCAAGACUUUCUAAUGUUUGAGUAUGAUUUGGAACCGUAUAUGAGAUUGACACAGACUUCAAAAAUCAACUCAACUUUAACCAUAGAUGGGAAUGAGGGUGAGGACGAGUACUAUAAUGAGGACGAUGAUGAAUAUAUUGAAGAUAGUGAGGAUGGUGAUGAGGAGGAGGAUGUAGAGUAUGAGGAAGAGGAGACUCCUAACACAGGUGAUCACGAUUAUGAAGAAUAUGCAGUUGAUAAUAAAGUCAGUGAAGUUGAUAAUAACCUUUAAAGUAUUGUCCUAAAAGGUUAUUAGAUAUUAUUUUACGUAGAAGUUACUAUUGGCGCAUUGGUGUUUGAACAGCAAAGUGGCAACUAGGCUUCUUAUUUUUAUCUGUGAUUUUAACAUAUAAAAAUUACAUUGACUUUCAGAUAUAUAAAUAUUUACAGUAUUGUGUGUUUAUACCUUAAAAUAUCAGUUACUGAGAU